GUCAGUGAAUUCUCUGAACACACCAUUUAACGAUGGGGCCAAGAAACGUUGUGUUUCUUCUUCUUCUUACUGGAUGGCAAAUAAUAGGAGGUGUGGAGAUUACACCCUGCACUGACAGCUUCGUGGAGGUAUCUGCAGAGGAGAACCUUACCUUAAGCUGUGCACCACGAACUCAAUCUAUGGAAUGGAGACUUUAUACGAAGGACACUUCGAAUCUCAUAGCAAAGCUGAUUAACAGUCAGAUCGUGGAAAACAGCUUUUAUUACGCUUUUGUUGCAAGCAUCAGUGACGAGGGAAUAUUGCUGACAAUCAACACUCGCAACAUCAAGGAUAUCUACCUGCUCAGCGGAGCUGUAGUGUGCUCAGACCUCACUGAGUCAACAUUGACAUAUGCGGGCUGUCAACUUAACUAUGUCUAUAAACCGAAGGCAAGCGACGUCUCGUGUACAGCUACGGACGAUCCUAGUGGUGUAAAUUUGUCUUGCACCAUCAACAACACCUACUCUUCUCGCGGAAUUUACACGUGCCAAGCUUUACGGCAAAAAGACGAAGAACACUCUAUUGUAGAAGAGUUAAAUAUUGUAGACAUGGCAGGGUUACAUUACGGGAGAGGAAUAAAAUUCUCCGGUAGAUGUGAGAUGACGACGAAGGUUCCUCAAAAAAGGGGAAACUACACUUACCGUGUUAAAAUCUCGCCAGGAGGGUUAGUGGUACCGGCAAAGCUUCCUGAUGGUGGAAUAUGGAUAGAACAUAGUGUGCGAAUCAAACCUUGUGGUGAAGGAAAUAUUACAGAAAUAAAGCCCAGAGAGAAACUCUCGUUGACGUGUACCUCAGACACAGGGUACGUGGAAUGGACACUAGUCGCCGGCAAGGGCGGAGCUCAGCAACAUCUUGCCACGUGGGAAAACAACUUGAUAACUCAUAACGACUUCGACAAAACAUUUGUUGCAAAGACUAAAUAUGUGCUAGAAAUUAAUGCUGUGAACAACAGAAAGAUAUACGAUGAUGUCUCCCUUGUGAACGGAAGUCUGUUAUGCAAGACUAGGAGAGAAACGUUGACCUGUGGUCUUAACUAUGUUUAUCCUGCGGAGAACAUUGUAUGCAUCGCCAUGGCGACAUCUUGGAAUGUCACGGUAUCCUGCAGCAUCAGCAGCGCCUACUCCUCUCGGAGAAUUUACAAAUGUCAGCUCAUUAGAAAAGAAAAAGAUUCAGGGUACACAUAUCUACAGACCAUCGCCAUGACAACUAGUGUCACCAACCAGCUAAUAGCAAACAAUGAGUUCAAAGUGUCUGGAAACUGUUUGCUUUAUACACAACUUCCGGCUAUUGAAGGAACAUAUGACUACUAUGUGACCACCUCACCAGGGGGACGCAGGCAGAUGGCGGUAAAUAUUGCGGACAGACAAAGUCUGACAGUUAAACGACCAGCCCCGCCAAAUGGUUCCUGUCAUCCUGGUGGUCACGUGUUAGAAAACACAGAUGUCAGCUGUGUGUGUAGGACCACUAGUCUGGGUCAACCACAAGGUUCUUUGAGAUGGGUGGUCGGAUAUGGAACAAACACGGUAAAACCGACUACCACAAGUUGGAGCAAUGAAAACUCACCUGAGCUCCGUUACAGCCGCACCUUGACGAUGAGCGAUCAUGGGAGGACGUGGCUGAGAUGUCAGCUUGUGUGGGGAGCAGAGGAACUUGGAGGAGAUACCUACAUGGCUAGUGUGGCGCAACGACCAUCGCAACCAAAGAUUGCAUGCUACCCAAGUCCCUACGUGUUAGAAAACACUAACAUCAGUUGUACCUGCAACACCACAAGUCUUGGACUACCUGCAGGGUACCUGACGUGGGUUACUGGAAAUUACAGUCACAAAGGUGUUGAGAGCAUAAAUAGAGGAAAAGGGUGGAAUGACAAACCUACCACUUUAUACUACAGUAAGACCCUGACACUGGCAGAUCAUGGAACAACUUGGUUUAGAUGUGACAUCACUUGGAAAGGACAGAAAGUUCUAGGAGAGAUCUACACUGCGAAUGUUGGAUCACUUCCUCGGCUACCAAAGAUGGUAUGUCACCCAGCGCCCUACGUGUUAGAAAACACCAACAUCAGUUGUACCUGCAGCACCACAAGUUUGGGGAAACCUGCAGGGUACCUGACGUGGGUGACGGGUAAAUACACCCACGGAAAUUUUAACAACCCUCUUAGAGGAGAUCGGAGUGAUGACAAACGUACUGAACUACAUUACAGUCAGACCCUGACCCUGGCAGACCACAGCAACACCUGGUUUAGAUGUGACGUCACGUGGGGCGGACAGAAACAUCGAGGAGAGAACUACACGGCGAAUGUUGGAUACAAGCCACGACAACUAAAGCUAUUCUUCAACAAGUUGAGUGAAAAUGUGACGGUGUCAGAAGGUGAUUCAGUGGAUGUGAACUGUUCAGCAGACGGCAGACCAGCGCCAGAGGUUACCCUCAUCAAUACAGUGAACAAUACCAAGAUGGCCACAGGCUCCUCUGUCAUCCUCUCUAACUUCAGCGCUCGGUGUGAGGACUCGGGCGAGUACACAUGCUCCUCGCAGGACUAUUUUUCCUCCCAAUCACCUCUUACAACAUCUCUCCGCCUACAAGUGAAUUGUAAGCCGCGGUCCCUGUCUCCAGGUAAUGUCACCAAGGUAAGAAACAUGCACUUUGACCUCGUGGCCUAUCCCAUGCCACGCAACAUGACAAUACUCCCCCGGACAGGUGAUGCCGGUACGUCUGUACAUCCUGUUGUAUCAUGCACUGCCGACCCCUACCUACCUUACAAGUUUACCUGCAACUUCACAGAGAAGACACCUGGCUACUACCCCGUUGUGGUCACCAACGAUUUUGGUGAUGGAAACUUUACUCUAGAGGUUGAUGAUAGUGAGGACACCGUGGACUCUGACAUCUCCAAUAAGACUGAAAGGACAACAGCUUUGGUUGGUGGAGUCGCUGCUCUUGGCGUUGUCGUCUUAGCCAUUGUCUUUGCCAUUAUAAUUGUAGCUGUGAGAUCAAAGAAAUCAGGGAAACGGCAGGUACUGCCUCGCAGAGAGGAGUACGAGACGCCUUGGGACCUAGUGCCGCUAAGUAUCAAUGUACCUGACGUAGACGAUGACAGAGAACAUCUACAACCACCCAGGUGCUGCGCAGACAUCGGUGCUGGCGUCGUUGCAGACAAAGAGAAACAGACUCAAGACGAUAAUAAAGAAUCAACCGCUCCUGAAGAGAUGUACGCUAACAUCGGAAGCGCAGCAUCGGAUGAUAAAGCUAAAACGCAAAAACAAAAAUUGGAAGGAAACGAAAUACCAGAGAAAAAAUACCCGAGAAAGCCAAGGGAUCUUAACAAGGACAAGGACAAGCUUGACAAGGACCACGUCCCUCUCACUGGCAUCGAACGCGAGACAUCUGCCACCGAGCAGGUAGUGAACACUACUCAUCACGAGCUGGCAGAAUACAUCAACACGUCGUCUGCUGCUGCUGCUGUUGCUGCAGACACCGGGAGAUGGACAAACCAGGAUGGUCUCAUCUACACUUCUGCCGACCUCAACAGCAGCCUGAGCAGGAAGAGACCUUCACCUCGACUCCAGCAAACGGAGUACGUGGAGGUCACGUUCAAGAACGGUAAACCUCAUGUUUGUGACUGAGGGCGUGUGGCCACGUUGACUGUCAGCUUUAGUGGUGACAAUGGACUAAGUUGUGAACGGAAAAUGUUGGUAAAGAGCAGUUUAGUCCUUUGUACUUACACACUCUAUUAACGUCCUUAUGUCUACGAGGGGUUCGAACAUCUGUUUCCGUUACCGGAAAUUAAUGGUCGUAGUGGAAAGUUGUGUGUGAGAGAGGGAGAGAGGAUAAAACAAGGACGUGAUCGCGUCAGGAUGAAAUACAUGUAUACAUCUUUUCUAUUAAUAGUACUAUACUCUCUUUGUACACUCAUUUUAUUCAGCUGCUAAUUUUAGACUUAAAAUGUUUAUGUAUGUGCAGCGGACUACAUCCAAGACUACAAACUAUAUGUAUCUUAAGAAUAUGCGUGUAUUUAUGGUGUUAAUGAAAAUCACCAAGAGAUGUCGAGAAGAAAAUUGAAAAGAGUCCAAUUUCAAUGCAUGAACCCAUUUUGUGUGGACGCAGUCUGAUUCCACAUGGAUGUAGACGAGGUUUUACCCAUACUUUUUAUUUCACCAUCGUCGUGUGCAAAACUGUAGAGACUCGUGAAAGGUGUAUGUGGCAAAGUAAUGAACAGGAUGUGGUCGUUGCAUUUUUUUUAAUAAACUUGUUCAUGUU